AUGUCCCUGUUCUCCCUGCCCACUAAGGAAUCUGAGAUUCCUGACCUUUUCCUGGGCGCAUCCCUAAAGGAUGAGGUUCUCAAGAUCAUGCCAGUGCAGAAGCAGACACAAGCUGGCCAGUGGACCAGGUUCAAGGCUUUUGUCGCUAUUGGGGACUACAAUGGUCACGUUGGUCUUGGUGUUAAGUGCUCCAAAGAGGUAGCCACUGCUAUCCGAGGGGCCAUCAUCUUGGCCAAGCUUUCCAUCGUCCCUGUGCGGAGAGCCUACUGGGGGAACAAGACUGGCAAGCCACACACUGUUCCAUGGAAGGUGACAGGCCGCUGUGGGUCUGUUUUGGUGCGUCUCAUCCCUGCCCCCAGAGGCACUGGCAUUGUCUCUGCUCCUGUGCCCAAGAAGCUACUGAUGAUGGCCGGUAUUGAUGACUGCUACACAUCAGCCAAGGGCUGCACCGCCACCUUGGGAAACUUUGCCAAGGUCACUUUUGAUUCCAUCUCCCAGACCUACAGUUACCUGACAUCUGACCUCUAG